AUGUUCUUGCGAUUAAACAAUCAAAAAGCUGAAGAACUUGUUGUAACUUCCAUUUUGACCAAGCCGUACUUAACAGAAGAAGUAAACCUAACAUCAGGCCACAUUACUUACAAAGGUUUCAUUGUCGACUUAAUGGACGAUCUUGCCGCUUAUGCGAAUUUCAAAUACAAGAUCCGUACUGUCCAAGAUGGAAUGUUUGGUAGCAAACGUGAAGACGGCAAUUGGACCGGAAUGAUUGGAGAAAUCGUUUCAAAGACUGCAGACAUAGCUGCCGCUCCGUUGACUGUCACGUCCGAAAGACAAGCUGUAGUUCAAUUCUCCAUGCCUUUCCAGAGUACCGGACCUGCCAUUCUAAUGCGCAAACCACCAAACGACACGCCCGAUUUUGCUGGUCGUCUGCUUCGUCUUUUUGCUCCAAUGUCGUCUAGUGUUUGGCUGUUAUCUCUGAUUGGCAUCAUGGCUACAGGUACCGUUCUCUACAUCAUCUGUUAUUUCAGUCCGAUCGAAUGGCGCAAAAUGGCGAUGAACAACCAGGCCAGCGACAGAGAACGAGAAUCAUUUACUUGCAUGAACGCUUUCUGGUUUAUUGCCGGCAGUCUCACAUGGCAAGGUUUUGAGAGAACUCCCCGUUCCGUUGGAGGUCGCGUCGUCGUUUUUACUUGGUGGUUGUUCUGUGCCUUAUUCCUGAUGACCUACACAGCCAGUCUGACAAAUUAUCUUCGGAUUAUGUCACAAUGGGAUGUCUUCUGGAGCAAACUCGAUGUGUCAGACCUGAAAGAACUGUCUGCUCAAAACUCUAUUGAGUAUGGCAUGCUGGAAGGUGGUGCAACCCAGAUGUUCUUUCAGAACAGCAAAGUACCAGCCUUCAAACACAUCUACACUGACGUCAAACAUCGAAACGCUUUCCAUACCGGGUUUGAAGUUGGCCACAGCUAUAAACCAGGGUAUUCUGGAAAUGAGGGAGGAUGGGCGACUUCAUUCACUCAAAAUCCACUGGUGGAAAGAUCAGUGUUCUAA